AUGUAAAUCUUAAAGUGUAAAUAUCUUACUCAUGAGAAUGAAUAAGUAAUUGGAUUUUGCUUGAAUGAGAGAUGCGAAAAAGCCACUGAAUAUUGUAAUGAAUGUUUUGAUAGAACUCAUUCAUAGCAUUUCAAUGAUUGUAUUGGAUUCCCUAGAAUUAUCUAAUUAAUAAAUGAAUUCAUUCAAGUUUGUAAUCUAUCAAAGAAACAAUUCGAAGAAUUCUCUAAGCAACUUCAGAAUUGUUUAGAAUAGAUUUUCUAAAAAAUCAAUUAGGAUAUCAAAAUGUUAGAAAAUAUGAGACAAUAGCUUUAGAACAAAGAUUACUUGAUUUUUAAAUAAUAAAUUCAUAUAAUCAAACAUUUUUACUAAAAGGAAAAAUAAAAUUACACAUGUAUCUUUUUUAAAAAAUAUAAAAGGUUAAUAAAUAAUAUAAUUGAAUAAUAUUUUUGAAACACUAAAAAUUAUCAUACCAUACUAAACUUAAGCGAACAUUAAUUCAGAUUAUUAAAAAGAUAUGAGAAUCGUAGAGAUAAAAAAGGUGGACAAUGAAAAAAAACAGAAGAAUAUUGAAGAAACUUAAAGAAUAUUAAAUGAAGGUAAUAAUAAUUGUAUUACAUAUAUAAGGUUAAGCAUUAAAUGAUUUAGAGAAAUACUAAGAAGCUAUAGAAUGUUACGAUAAAGCUAUUUAAAUUAAUUCUUAAAAUGAAACUGCCUGGAAUAACAAGGGUAAUUAAUUUAAUAGCUUUAUUAUUUAGGAUCAGCAUUAGAUAGUUUAAUGAAAUAUUAAGAGGCCAUAGAGUGUUACGAUAAGGCUAUUUCAAUUAAUCCAUAAUACUAUAUAGCCUGGAGCAACAAAGGUAUAUGUUUCAUAAGAAAUAUUAUUUAGGUUCCGCAUUAAGUGAAUAAUAGAAAUACUAAGAGGCUUUAGAGUGUUAUGAUAAGGCUAUUUCAAUAAAUACCUAAUAUUUUACUGCCUGGAAUAACAAGGGUAAUUAUUUUAUAAGCAUUAAUAUUUAGGUUUUGUAUUAAAAACUUUAAAAAAAUACAAGGAGGCUAUAGAAUGUUACAAUGAGGCUAUUUCUAUUAAUUCUUAAUGUGAUGCUGCUUGGUAUAACAAAGGUACUGAAUAUAUAAGCAUUUUAAUUUAGGCUUGGCAUUAGACAGUUUAAAGAAAUAUUAAGAGGCUAUCGAGUGCUACAAUACCGCGAUUUUAAUUAAUCCCAAAAAUGGUUAUGCCUGGUAUAACAAAGGUAAUUAAUAUAAAAACAUUUUUAUCUAGGUUUUGCAUUAGACAGUUUGAAGGAAUACUAAGAUGCUAUUGAAUGUUACAAUAAUGCUAUUUCAAUUGAUCCCAAACAUGAUUUUGCUUGGUAUAACAAGGGUAAUUAAAUUACUAACACCUUUCAAUUAGGUUCAGCAUUAGAUAGUUUAAGUAAAUACUAAGAAGCUAUAGAAUGUUACGAUAAAGCCAUUUCAAUUAAUCCCUAAAAUGGAACAGCCUGGUACAACAAGGGUAACUAACUUCUUCACAUUAUUAUGAAGGUUCUGCAUUAGACAGUUUAAGGAAAUACUAAGAAGCUAUCAUUUGUUACGAUAAAGCUAUUUCAAUUAAACCUGAAGAUUAUAUUUCAUGGAACAACAAAGGUUAUUUAUAAUUAAAUAUUACUAUUAAGGUUCAGCAUUAAAUGAUUUAUAAAAAUACUAAGAAGCUAUCGAGUGUUAUGAUAAGGCUAUAUCAAUUAAUCAAUAAUAUCAUACUGCCUUAAAUAACAAGGGUAAAUAAUUAAUUAUUAUUAUAAUUUAGGUAUUACAUUAAAGUGUUUAAAAAAAUACUAAGAGGCUAUUGAAUGUUACGAUAGAGCUAUUUCAAUAAAUCCUUAAAAUGAUACAGUCUGGUAUAACAAGGGUAUUUUAUUGUAAGCAUUGUUCUUUAGGUUUUGCAUUAAAAUGUUUAAGGAAAUACUAAGAGGCUAUUGAAUGUUAUGAUAAAGCUAUUAGAAUUAAUCCUUAAUAUAUAAGUGCCUGGAAUAACAAAGGUAAUAAAUUUCUAAGCAUCAUUAUUUAGGCUCAGCAUUAAAUGAUUUAUUGAAAUUUUCAGAAGCAAUCGAAUGCUUCAAUACUGCUAUUUCAAUUCAUCCCUAAUGUGAUACUGCCUGGAAUAAUAAGGGUUAUUAUUUAGUAAAGAUAUUUAGGUUUUGUUUUAAAUGAUUUAUAGAAGCAUCAAGAAGCUAUUGAGUGUUACGAUUAAGCUAUAUACUUUAAUUCCUAAAAUGAAACAGCUUGGUGCAAUAAAGGUACUUAAUUUUUAUGUAUUAUAUUUAGGUUUAGCCUUAAAGAGUUUAAAGAAAUACUAAGAAGCUAUAGUAUGUUACGAUAAAUCUAUUUUAAUUUAUCCCUCAAAUGAUGCUGCUUGGUAUAAAAAGGGUAAUAUUUUUUAAUCAUUCUUCUUUAGGUUUUGCAUUAGAUCGUUUAAAGAAUUAUUAAGAUGCUAUUAAAUGUUAUGAUCAAGCUCUUUUUAUUAAUCCUUAAAAUCAUACUGCCUGGAAUAGCAAGGGUAAUUAAUUUAUGAUCAACAUAAUUUAGGCUUAGCCUUAGACCGUUUAAAGAAAUACUAAGAGGCUAUUGAAUGUUAUGAUAAAGCUAUUUUAAUUAAUCCUUUAUAUCAUACUCCUUGGAAUAACAAAGGUAAUUAUAUUAGAUAAUUAUUUUUUAGGUUCAGCAUUAAUUACUUUAUAAAGAUACUAAGAAGCUAUCGAAUGUUACGAUAAAGCUAUUUAAAUUGAUCCCUAAAAUGAUACUUCCUGGUAUAACAAGGGUAAUUAAUUUAUAAGCAUUAUUUUGAAGGUUCAGCAUUAGACAGUUUAAAAAAAUACAAAGAAGCUAUUGAAUGUUAUGAUAAAGCUAUUGUAAUCAAUCCCUAAUAUCAUACUGUCUGGAAUAGCAAGGGUAAUUAAUUUUUAAGAAAGGUUAUUUAGGUUCAGCAUUAAAUGAUUUAUAGAAAUUUUAAGAGGCUAUAGAAUGUUACGAUAAAGCUAUUUAAAUUAACCCCUAAUAUCACACUGCGUGGAAUAACAAGGGUAAUUUCUUUAUAAUCCUUUUAUUUAGGUUCAGCCUUAAAUGAUUUAUAGAAAUAUAAAGAAGCUAUUGAGUGUUACGAAAAAGCUAUUUAAAUAAAUCCUUAAAAUGAAAAUGCUUGGUAUAACAAGGGUAUUUAGUUUAUAAGCUUUAUUAUUUAGGUUUUGCAUUAGACCGUUUAAAAAAAUUCUAAGAAGCUAUCGAAUGUUACGACAAAACAAUUAAAAUUAAUCCUUAAAAUGAUGCUGCCUGGUGUAACAAAGGUAAUUAAUUUAUAAGCAUUAUUAUCUAGGAUUAGCAUUAGACAGUUUAAACAAUUUCUAAGCUGCUAUAGAGUGUUAUGAUAAAGCUAUUUAAUUUGACCCUUAAAAUGAUACUGUCUGGUAUUAUAAGGGUAAUUAAUUUAUCUGAAUCUUUAUUUAGGCUUUGCAUUAAAGAGUUUAAAGAAAUACCAAUAGGCUAUUUAAUGUUACGAUUAAGCAAUUUUAAUUAAUCCGUAAAAUGAAAAUGCUUGGUUAAAGAAGGGUAUUUAAUUUAUAAACAUCUUUUUAAGGUAAAGCUCUAGACAGUUUAAAGAAAUACUAAUAGGCUAUUGAGUGUUAUGAUAAAGCCAUUCAAAUUAAUCCUUUAUAUGAUACUGCCUGGUGUAAUAAAGGUAAAUUAUCGAAAAAUUUAGGCUUCGCACUACAUUAAUUAAAGAAUUUUAAAGAUGCUAUAUUAUGUUAUGAUUAAGCUCUUUCAAUUAGCAUCAAUCCAUUUAAAUUAAAGAGAAAAGGUGAUUUAAUCUUAACUAAAAUUUAGCUGAUUCACUAUUUGAAUUAGGGAAUAAAAAUGAAGCUAAAUAAUGUUAUCUUUCUGCAUUGGAAAAAGGAUCAAAUGACAAAGAUUAUAUCUAAAAGCGCCUAACACAAUUAUGAAGCAUCUUCAAAAAUUAUCAAAUUAUUUAUUUUAUUCUAAUUAUUCUUUUAUUUGAUAUCAUAUUUAUCAUUAGAAAAUGUUUGA